AUGCCCACCACGAGUGUCCCGUCGCCGUCCGGCUCAGUGCCCGGAGCCGCUGCGCCCUUCCGGCCCCUCUUCAAUGACUUCGGCCCGCCGUCCAUGGGCUACGUGCAGGCGAUGAAGCCGCCCGGCUCGCAGGGCUCCCAGAGCACCUACACGGACCUGCUCUCCGUCAUCGAGGAGAUGGGCAAGGAGAUCCGGCCCACCUACGCGGGCAGCAAGAGCGCCAUGGAGCGGCUGAAGCGCGGCAUCAUCCACGCUCGGGCACUGGUGCGAGAGUGCCUGGCUGAGACAGAGCGCAACGCCCGCACGUAACGGCCGCUCCUCACGGGCCCCCUCAGCCUGUGAGCGUUCCCCGGCCCGGAGGUCGCCCUUUCCCCGCUCCCCGUCCCGCCAACCUUUUGCCGCCGAUCAGUGUCUUGAGAGCCUGGGCCUCCCUUUGCGCCUCGUGACAGACCUUUCUACGUGACGGCCACCGGCGUGUCGGCAUCGCCGGGAGGCCGCUCUUCUGCUGCGUGCUGCAAGCACCUCCAGGGCUUCUCUCCUCUCUCUUUAUAAAUGCUUGUUUUUAUAAA